GCGCAAUCGUACCAUGCACUCUGCGGACCUGACAUUCAGCCAGCAGGCCUUCCAGGAUCACAUGUCUACUCUCCUGAGCCUGAUGCGGGAUCCCACACUAGGCUCAGAUCAGGCUGCACAGAAGGCUGCGGACGAGAUUAGUAAGAUCCAGACGGAAGACUUUCACAUCAGUGCCGACAAAGCUUGCGCCGAUGCAGAGGUCCGUGUGCUCACAGAGCUGAUGGAAGACUACAGGAAGUCGCUGGAGCUUCACGAGAAGGAGUUAGGGGAUCACGCGACCCGCCUGGACGCUCUGGAGCAAGGGAUGGUAUCAGGGGAAGAGGUUCCAUCGAAGGCCAUUAACUCCAUAUUGGACAUGGUGAACGGCAAUGCCGACCUUCAAAGCGUCCUACAAGGUCAAGCUUCGGAGUUGUCCACCAUCUUACAGCAGUACCAGACCAGGUUAGGUAAGGUAGAGGGCGACGUCUCAAACAUCAAAGACGAGGUGAAUCAACUAGAAAAAGCGAUGACCAAUCAAAAGGCGCAACUGGACGACGUCACAACACGGGUCGAUGACGAAUUCAGUGACGUGAGGGCCGCAAUAGGUGACGUCAGGACUUCUGUUGAUGACGUUAAGGAAGACUUGACGAAAGUCAAACAGAAGCUACUAGAAGCGCCACCUGGCAGCCCCAAGUCAACACCAGGUGCCAGUAUUAGCUGCAAGAACACCCUGCAAGAGUACCUGGACAAGGAGAAGCUACCAAAACCAAAGUACGUGAGGAUCGAAGGUGAAGGAGCGAACGCAGGGCAACCUCCCUUCAGUUACAGGGUGGUAUUGCAGUACAAGAACUCCCUCUGUCGGCCGGAGGGUGGAUUUGCAUCCAAGAAAGUCGCCAUCCAAAAGGCGUGUGAGUUAGCCCUGCAGAGGUUGGGACAGUCACACUUAACGAAGGAUCCAACACACUUUAGAGCUGAACUUCAGGAGUACCUAAAGAAACAAGGUCAAGAUCCCGACAUCGAAGUUAUUCAGGACGAACAGGGUUUCUCCGCUCAGGUCAGGAUGAUUGGCAGGGCAGAAUUUCCUCAAGGAGAUACCAGCAGCACAAAGAAAGAGGCAGAACAGAGCGCCGCAGAGAAAGCCCUCCUCGCCUUAGGUUUACCGCUGCCAAUUUUAGUGCGUCCCAGACAAACAAGUCCCAAACAUGGAGCGAACGCAUCCAACAAGGUCAAAGACGACACGAAAACGACAACUGUUGUAAGUAGGGCAGCAAUUUCUGAAGACAACACCGACUACAAGACUGUCCUGAAAGGUCACGUUAAGAAACAGAAGCUUCCUGCUCCAUUCUAUAAGACCCAACCUGAAGGAGACGUCUUCAAGUCAACUGUCACCUUCCAGACAAGGGGUGCCUAUCAAACGACCGAACCGGCCAAAGGCAAGAAAGAAUCGGAACAGAAUGCUGCAAGAGAGGCGGUUCGCAUGUUGGGAAUCUCUUUUAGGGAUACUAACUACAAAGGUGCUUUGCAGGAAAAUGUUGAUCCGUCCAACGCGCCGACUUACUACACUUACAAGUGCCAGGAAGGCUUUGUGAGUGUAGUACGCUGUAAAGCCAUCAUUGAGCUGUGCAGUUUUCAAGUCACCGCACCUGAGGACCCGGAUGAGCUCCAAGUAGAUGUGACGAGAAAGACACUGCUUCCUUCAGGAAGCGCAGUCAACCAAGUGACAGCGGCGGAGCAAAGAGUCGCCAAAUUUGCCUUAGAUAUCUUAGGACUAGUGUCUUGUGAAGGGACCAAACAGACGACACCGAUGGUCACCAGUGUUCCAGAGACGAAGAAUCUGGACAUCAGCAAUGUAAAGGCCAAAACAACGAAAGAAGAUGCAAAGGUAGUGACAUCCACUGUUGCCGUGGCUCCGGGAAUGAAUGGAACCGUCUCAAAUCCGGCUCCUGCAAAGUCUGUACCUUACACGGAAGCUAAACACACUGAUUUGGAUGGGCCCUCCUCACAAGUGGAAGUUGGUAGAGAGGCAACGGCCAGCAAAGAUUCUCUACCGUAUAAAAACAUCCUGCAAAAACACGUGCAAGAUCAAAAACUCCCAUCACCAAGGUACAAAGAUGUGAAAGGAGAAGAAAACACUCUUUCAACUGUCAGCUUCAAGACAAGAGGCGCCUACCAGACAAAAGAGCCUGCCAAGAGCAAGAAAGAAGCAGAACAAAAUGCGGCAAAAGCGGUGCUUGAAAUGCUGAAAGUUAAAGCAAGAGAUGCCAACUACAAAGGUGCUCUACAGGAGUAUGCCACUAAAGAAAGUUCUUCUGGCGUACCUACCUACUUCACAUACAGGAACCAGGACGGCUACAUCAGUGUUGUACGCUGUCAGGCCAUCUCUGAGCCGUGUAGCUUCAGUCUUGUUACACCCGAAGAGGAUACAAAAAUACUUCAGGCAGAAGACGCAACAACACCGUCACUUUCACAAGGAGACAACUGUGAAAUAGCGAGGCAGAACGUUGCCAAGUUUGCAGUGUCUGUCUUGGGGAUCCUCCAACAGUCACCACCAGGCCGAUCAUCAACAGCUGAUACCGCACCAGAACCCAAGGGGGUAAGCAAGGAAGAGAAAGACUUCAACACACGGGCUAAGAAGGAGAAUCCCAAAGGCAAGGAGCUCGAGUCAGCCACGACGAAAUCACCAGGGACGGACAAAACCGGUACAUCAAAUAGGAAGGCUCCCAUUAGCACUGCGGCUGAACCGAUUGUCGUACACGUGGCCGGUUCCCGACUACAGGACGAUGAUAAACCUGCCCAAGCGGAUGACAGUAUACGAAACUACAAAGCCAUCCUACAACAACACGUGCAGAAACAGCGCUUACAGUUGCCUCCACCAAAAUACCACGACUCCAACACCGAGGAGAAGACUUUUCUGUCAACGGUGAGGUUCGAGACAUCAGGCGCAUUUCAGACAACCGAAGCUGCCCCCAGUAAGAAAGAUUCGGAACAAAAUGCUGCAAAAUCAGUCAUUGAUCUAUUAGAACAUCCAUCAGGUAAUGGUAGCAACUACAAAGGCAUUCUUCAGCAAUAUGCAACGAAGUUAGAUAGCAAUGACAUACCCAAGUAUCAGACAUAUAGCUGUGAGGGAGGGUUUAAAACUGUUGUAAUCUGCCGUGCUAUUACUAAAACGGCUAGUCUUGAAGUUACUUCGGAAGCAUGUAAUAGCAAGAAGGAAGCGCAACAAAGAGCAGCGUACAGAGCAGUAGAGUUGCUCGACAUACCAUUGCAAUGAACACUUGCAAUGGCAAAUGAACUGUUCCCUUACUCAAAGAAUCGAAUUACCGGCAUUUGGGACCCAAUCGCUCGGUAUUUUUAGCUAUCU